AUGGAAUUUGCAAAUGGUGGUAAUCUUCAAAAUUACCUUAAACAUAAUUUUAGAGAUUUAACUUGGAGCGAUAAGAAGAAAUUGGCAUUUCAAAUCGCAGAUGGAUUGAAUUAUUUACAUAAUGAGGAUGUCUUACAUAGGGAUCUUCAUUCUAAAAAUAUAGUUAUUCAUGAAAAUAAUGCCAAAAUCACAGAUUUUGGUAUUUCGAAAGUUGAAAAUAAUUCCACUAUAUGUAAUGGAACUUUUGGUAAAGUUGCUUAUAUGGAACCACAAAUACUCGUCAAUCCAAAAUUUCAAUAUAUUAAACCUUCAGAUAUUUAUAGUUAUGGUGUAUUAAUGUGGGAAAUUUCUAGUGGAUAUCCUCCCUUUAGAGACAAUGAGCGCUUUUAUAUUUCUAAUGCUAUUAUUAAUGAAAUUCGUGAGGAUGCUGUACCCGAUACUCCUGCAGAUUAUGAAAAACUAUACAAAAAAUGCUGGAGCCAGAAACCCGAACAAAGACCAACUAUUUUAGAAAUAUUGGAAGUAUUUUCGAAGAUGGGCUUUAGAAUGAGCAUUAAAGAAUCAGCCGAGCAAAUUGUAAUGACAAAUAAUUCUGAUACUGAAUCUCAAACUGACAAUGAAAAUUCAGACAACAUCCUAUUUGUACUGUAUUGCGGAAAAGAUAAAUGGCAAGGCAAAAUAAAUGAUUGA